AUGCCCCCCCGACUCCGCAUCUGCCCCCAGUGUUACCACCUCCUCAAACACCAACCCACAUCAUACAGAUAUCUCGCCACCGCCUCCGCCAUAACCCCCGCAGCGCCACCUUUCCAAACAAUCUCCUCCCCUCCACCAAUCGCCCGCUUCCCCCGGACCCAACCACCGUCUCACAAGCCGCCCGAAUUCCGCAAAUCGCAACUCCACCGGCAAUACACCUCCCUGCUACGCUCCACGCCCUUGCUCCUUUUGUUCCAACACAACAACCUCAAGGCUACAGAAUGGAUGUCCAUACGCCGAGAGCUGCAAUUUGCCCUCGAAAAAGUUGACAAUGACCUCUCCACGAAUCUCGCGCCCGCUAUAAAAAUCCAAACGAUUCAAGUGGGUAUUUUCGAAUCAGCGUUGCUGGUUGCCGAGUAUUUCGACCCAAAACAGCACCGUACCGCCUCGAAACCGCACCCAACGGACCCCUCGACCCAAUCGUCCGUCAGCUUGGCGAAUCAUACACCGACUCCAGCAGACCCGACUUUUAGGCACUACCUCUCCCGCACCGCCCACGCCGCCGCCUCCCCCUACAAAGAAUCCCACCCCCUCCGCCCUCUCCUCUCCGGUCCUCUCGCGGCCAUGUCCUUCCCUACCGUAACGCCACAACACAUGCGCGCGGCCCUCAGCAUCCUUGCUCCAAAAGCGCCAACCUUCCCAGCACCCACACGGCGGGCGAAUCCGGGCUAUCAUGACGCUACCGUGCAGCAAGGUCUGCAGAAGUUGAUGCUGCUGGGGGCGAGGGUGGAGGGGAAGGUGUUUGAUAAUGAGGGGGCGAGGUGGGUGGGGGGGAUUCAAGGGGGGAUGGAGGGGUUGAGGGGGCAGUUGGUGAGGAUAUUGGGGGAGGUAGGGGCUGGGGUGACAGGUGCGUUGGAGGGGAUGGGCAGGAGUUUGUGGGUGACUGUCGAGGCGAGGAGAAGCAUGUUGGAGGAGGAGGAGAAGGGAACCUCAGGGGGGAGUAAUGAGGGUCUAGCGAACAAGGGAAAGGAGCAUAGCAUUGGGCUGUGGUCUGUCAUUUGGGGUCGCAAUCCAAACCGGUAG